GUAUUUGAACUCGUGUGUCAGUGAGUUCUGAAAAGAGUAGAACAGAAUACAACGGUGAGUUCUACAUGAUAUUAUGAUGUCACUGAUGUCAUGAGAGGCAGAGGUGGAGAAGCAGAUGUUUGGUGGAUUGUGGUCAUUUCACCAUCAGCACCGAGAGAGAGAAACACACGUUUGAAGGAGACAGUCGUACGUUCUGAAUUUGAAAAGAUUCAAGCUUGAAGGUUCAUUCUCUACCUUGGAAAUACUAAACUGAGAAGAUCUGGCAAAGAAAAAUGUCAUCGUGGCCAAAUGCAGAUGCCUCUGGUGCAUCAGUCACACUGACAGCACCUGAGGUUCAGGCAGGUCAAACUCUGCUCGGCAGCUCUCCUGGUUACUCCGUUCUGGAGUUUGUUGGUGAAGGCUGCUUUGGUAAAGUGGCCAAGUGCCAAAAUCUGGCAACAAAAGAGACAGUGGCUGUUAAGAUCCUCAAGAAUGACAUUGAUUUUAUCCAGGACACUGAGAAAGAGGUGUCCAUGUUAGAGGUCAUCAGUGUGCUGAAUCCAGACCACACUAACGUGGUGAAGUUCUUCGAGCGGUUUGAACAUAUGGGACUGACCUGUCUAGCAUUCGAGAUGCUGGACAGGAGUCUCUAUGAGCUGCUCCAAGAACGAGACUGGAAACCACUGUCCCUGAACGAGAUCCGGCCGGUCGCAAAGCAGCUGUUGGUGGCCUUAGACGCCCUGAAGGGUCUCGGUAUCCUGCAUACCGAUAUCAAACCGGACAACAUUAUGUUUGUCAACAAGCAGGACCAGCCCCUCAGAGUAAAAUUAAUAGACUUCGGCGAAGCUAUUCCAGCCUCCAAAGUCCAGCCUGGGAUGGAGCUUCAGCCGGCCGGAUACAGGGCUCCAGAAGUUGCCCUUGGCCUGCCCUUCACCGAGGCUAUAGAUGUGUGGGGAGUCGGCUGCAUCCUGGCUUUCCUCUACCUCGCUGAAAACCUCUUCCCUGUCGACUGUGACUAUCAGAUGAUGAAGUGCAUGGUUGAGGUUCUGGGUCGGCCGGAGGACCACCUGCUCCGUGCUGGGAAAUAUACCCGGUACUUUUUCAGUGAGGAGGAGUCUGCUGACGGUCCAACAUGGAGGCUGAUGACGCCUGAAGAAUAUACAGCUGCCAACAGUGUGAAACCAGAAGAGCGGAACAGCUUAAUUGACCUGCCCGGCUCUCUGGAUGACCUGGUUAAUAUUUAUCCAAAAGGGGAAGCUGCUGAAUUUGAGGACAGGAGGGCUUUUGUGGACCUCAUGAAACAGCUGCUGCAUCUGGACGGGGAUCAGAGAAUCUCUCCCCAUCAAGCUCUGCAGCACCCGCUCGUCACAAUGUCCCACCUGACCGAGCACCCUGACAGCAGAGCCUAUCUCACCACCUCUCAAGCUAUGAUGAGCGUCUGCUCAAUGGAGGACUCAGCAGACAGGAUGAACACCUCUGCAGUUUGCAAACCUGUCCAAGAGUCAGCCUACCUGCCCUCGGGGUCCAGUGACGAUGCUCCAGCCACCAGGUCAUUUGAUGAAACCAAAGCCACUGUUUCCUAUGACGAUGGUCCCACCACAGGGUCAUCUGACGGAGUUCCAGUCACUUGCUCCUAUGACGAAGAUCCAGCUGCCUGGUUUUCUAAAGCAGCUCAAGCCAAAGACUCCUAUGAAGAUGCACCAGCUCCUGUGACAUCUGAUGGAGGACUACUUUCUCUCUCCUAUGACGAAGAUCCAGCUGCCUGGUCUACUGACGGAGCUAAACCAACAGACGUCCCGGCUGCAGCCACGGCCAUCUCUGGUCGUACUAAAUACAUGCUUAAGAGGAUCCGCAGAUUCUUCAGUCAAAUCACGGCUAACUUUUGUUGCUGUUGGUGUCCCGCUGUGGAGGACUGAUUCCAUAUUCAUUGUUCGUGUUCCUUUUUUUCCUGGUCUUUGAUAACGUAUGUCUGUUUAGUUUUACUUUGUUACUUUUUGUAAAUAAAACUGAUUGGUUGAUUGCACUGCAAUACGAGGUCUCAGUCUACCGUCAUUACUUGCUACAAAGUCAAUGAAAAAUAAAGGCCUAGUGUUUGCAGAAUGGGGUUUCAUUCUGUAAACAAUAAC